GGGCUCGCAGGAGCAGGAGGAGGCGGGCGGGAGGGGACCGGAGAGGAGAGGGGGGCUGCGUGGCUGCAACAUGCCCGCGCCUUCUGCACCGCAACCCCGCGCAGCCGAGCCCGCAGCGUCCGCAAACUUUUCUGUACAUCCUCACGUCACCUGGGCGCGAGACAUAAAUUUGGCAUCCUAUGCAAAUAUAUGCUGACGUAAAAGAUCAUGUGGUUUUUGUCGUCGAUCCCCCCUAUGAGCAGCGAGGAGGCAGCGUUUGUUCCCCCGCUCUGUUGUCUUUAGGUUAGCUAUGCUACAGUCUUUACUGUACCCAGCGCUAGCCAUAUGCGCCCCGCACCGCACCACCCUGGAUCUCUGGGAAUAACCGGCCCGGGCUGCCGCCUCUGCACCGGGACACGCACGCACAGAUUCCACAGGAGAUUACCCAGAGUGCCGCUGGCCUGAGGAUCAUCCGGAAAAGGGGGAGAGAGCGCGAGGACGAGGAGGACACACGGUGAUUGGAGGAGGAGGUGGAGCUUCAGAGAGACCACCUCCCCCUCGAGUGAAGCCCCUCCCCUCUGUGGAAGUGCACUUGAGCACCGCUGCUGUCUGUGAUGCCCUCCCAUGACGCCCAGGUCGGUAGCUGACACUGCCAGUGAGCGGGAGACGCCACUGCACAACCGGUCGUGGGCCACCGCCGUCAGCCGGUUCUUGCCCUCCCUCUCGCACGCUGGAGACUCCACCUCCACCCACCUACCAGUAUCCACAACCAUCAGCUCCGACCCACCCAAGUAAAGUCCCCUCAAACACCGACACGCUGACAUCCUCGGCCAGCACCAGCAGCAGCAGCAGCAGCCAAAAACCACAGUAUCUUCAACGCAAUCAGCAACACCAGCACCACCAUUAUCACCACCACCAGCAGCAGCCAUCAUGUCCAGUCGUAGGAAGUCCUCCACCCCUUGCAUGGUCCGGGUAAUCAGUGACCUGCCUGAAGAGCAAGAUGACCCUGAGGAAGUUAUGGACAUGGAAAUAUUGGCGGACAAUGACGUGACAGAAAAAGAAUCAGAAUCAUCUGAAUCUGCAGAAAAAAGUCAAGACCUCCAGCAGGAGAAACCAGAGAAUCCAGACCAGCAGACGUUUCUGAAACCAGUGGAAAACCAGAAUCCUGAGCCAUCAGAACAAGAGGAGCAGUCGGGUAAGAAAGACCAACCCUCUGUCAUUGAAGAUGUAGAAGCCAGAGAGAAGGACAGGGAAGGGAUUGAAUCUGACCUGGCGUCCCAAAAAAAGCAGCCCAGAGGCUACGAGUGCAAAUACUGCCCGUUUUCGACACAGAACCUGAAUGACUUCAAAGAACACGUGGACUCCAGCCACCCGAACGUCAUUCUCAACCCGUUGUACUUAUGUGCUGUGUGCAACUUCAACACCAAGAAGUUUGACUCGCUCACAGAGCACAAUGAGAGCCAGCACCCGGGCGAGACGAACUUCAAGUUCAAGAGGAUAAAAAUGAACAAUCAGACUAUCUUAGAGCAGACAAUCGAAGGCAAGGACAAUUCAGUUGAAUGUGAAGUAACAACUGAACGGGGUGAAAGCAACAGCAGUUCUGUGUUUCCACCUUGCAUAUCCACCACGGUGAAAACCCUGGAAAACAUCCAGUCACUCUAUCAAGGGAGCGAACUGAAAAGCCAGCUGGACGGCCUGAUCCAGAAGGAUCAAAUCACAGCAGUGAACAUCAACGGAACAGUCAUCAUCCCUGAACCCACCAUCCUCCAAGGGCUCUCCCAUGUCACCCCGAUGCUCCAGCGCCCGCCCAACUUUAACUCUGUACCAAAAAUAGCUGUUCCCUUGAACACCACCAAAUAUAACCCUUCUUUAGAUGACAACUUGACGUUGAUCACCUCCUUUAACAAGUUCCCUUACCCGACACAUGCAGAGCUGUCGUGGCUGACGGCUGCCUCCAAGCACCCGGAGGAACAGAUCAAAGUCUGGUUCACCACCCAGCGGCUGAAGCAAGGCAUAACCUGGUCCCCAGAGGAGGUGGAAGAAGCCAGGAAAAAGAUGUUCAAUGGCUCCAUCCCUCCUGCCCAUCACACGUUCACCAUCCUGCCUACAAGCCCAAUCUCUCAGCCAUCUGCCAAAUCCUCCCAGCAGCCUUUUGUCCACACUACAGUCAGGCAUCGGACAAUCACGUCCAAUGGGUUAAGUGUAGCCACCACCGCAAACUCUCCUGCUGGAGUUGGCUCCAGUGUUUCCCUUAAACGAACACACCUGACAACAGUGUUUGGUCCAGAGUCUAAGCGGCCCAUCAUGGCAGUUGCCCCCCAUUCUGGUGACCCUAAAGAUAAAAUCCUCAUGGCGCCUCCUCCACCCCCUCCUCCCCAGAAAGACCGUCUCCCAAUGGCUCCACCUCCUGUUCCCAUGGACAUGAAGAGAUCUGUAGCAGUUCCUCUGGUCACCACAGAGAUGAAGAGGUCAUCCGCUACUGUGCCUUUAAUGCCACCGCCGUCAUCAUCACCAUCCUCAUCCUCCAAAGGGAAGAUUCUCCCAUUGUUAGGAAACCCCAAAACAAAGCCGGUGGUGUCCCUGCCCUCCAUAGUCUUUCCAGAGUCUUUAACGAGGCCAAUGAUAGCUCCCCCGCCCAUCUUUGCGCCGUCAUUUAAAAACUCAUUACUUUUUCCUCUUACUCCCCCCAUCACUUCCAAAGAAAAGCACCUGAAUACCCACGCUAUGCCAGCUGGCGAUUUGAAGCUGCCAAAUUCUCCUCCGCUCAAUACCCCACAGAUAAGGAGGCCAACCAUUAUCCAGUCCAUUCGAGCUCCGGCCAAAGCCCCGUCCCAGAUUCCAGGGUUUCCCUUGGACAGCAAGAAGCUAAAAGAGCAGCAAGGCGUGGAGCCGAAAGCAAGCUACCCCAGAGGAGACAAGGUACUCACUCCUCUGGCAGAGGCCAACGGGACAUCUCGCACAGACGGCAAAUGGCCCCAUGAUCAAACCUCCGUUGCUCAAAACAAUGGAGUUCUACAUUUGGAUGGCGGUGACCUGACAGCAGCGCCGAAACUAGACUUUCAGCAGAAGUCCUCGGUGCUAACCCAGUUCCCAUUGCUGGAGAGGAUGAAAGGAAAGACAGCUGAACAGUUAAAGAUUUUAGAGGAAAACUUCUUGAGGAACAGCUUUCCCACACAAAGCGAUGUGGACAAUCUGGCGGGCACCACCCGCUUAUCUCCCCAGGAAAUCGACAGCUGGUUUGUGGAGCGCCGUGCACUACGCGACAACCUGGAACAAGCCCUUCUCAACUCCAUGGGCACUAAGAGAGUGGGCAUUGGUGGCAUCAACGCCAUCUCCAAGAAACGACAUCAGCAACAACAGCAACACCAAACUCUACAGAUGAAUGGGAUUCACAAGCCAAGCACCGGCGUGGGCCACCUUAAGGGCCCUCUUCCACCCUCGCACACCUUGCCCAUCAUUGCUCCCGGCACCAUUGCCCCCUCCAUCCCCAACCCAAAUUCCUGCUCAGUGCCUCCAGACAGCCGAUCCCUGGCACUCCUCAAGGACGAUUUUGCUCAAACGCGGUGGCCUUCCCCUGAGGAGUUUAGCCAACUGGAGGGUCGGACAGGACUGGCUCGUGCCGAACUCGCUCGCUGGUUCAAUGAUAGCCGGCUUCAGAGCGGCAGCAUGGAACUGUCAGAACUUUUUCACAACAAUGGAGUGAAUGGAGGGCAGGGACCGCCCGUGUGCUCUCCUGAAAACGCUCCACCCAGCAUCAUCCGGCACUGUCAGGAAGGAGCCCUAACAAACAACAACAGCAGCAGUAAAGUGUUGGAGGUUGAGUUGGGCUGGCUAAUGGAGCAGCGCGCCAACAGCCUCAACAGUCAACACCACGAUGAGCUCCAAGACCGGUUUGCUGGCAGACUGAGGCAGCAGAACGUGGUGGAGUUGAAGAACGGCGGACAGAACGGCGGAGUGGUGGGAGGAGCACGGGAGGUGUUCGGGAGCUGGCUGCAGGACGGACACUCGAGGAGAGGACGGGAGCUGCUCCUGGACAGAGAGAGGAAGAUGGCGGAGGACACAUCUGGGAGGCUGACUGGAUAAACGGCGCGGAUACAAUUUGCAGCCGCCGCCGCCGCCGCCGCCACUCGUCGCUGCUGCUGGAAACAUACAAGAGGAAAGAAAACAAGGUGGAAGAAGAACGGAGCAACAAAAGAAGAGUUUUUUUUUUUAAUUAUCAGAUUUUUUUUUUUCUUCAUUUACUGAUUUUUAUCUCUUGAUUGUCGCAUCCCAGAUCACGCACAACGCCCUCCUCCGUCACCUGACACCGACCCCCUCCUGUCCACAAAAAGACGAGUUUGAAUGAGACGCUCUGCUCUGAUUUAUUUUUUUUUUGGCGUAAACGCAAAUUAAAAUCAGACGAGUGAGAGGAGAAGUUCAGGGUCACGAUCUGUGAAGAUAAUUGAAAUUGCCCUCCUCGUACAGUGAGUCUCAAAUCGCUCAAAUGCUUUCUUUUCAUUUCUCACAGUGAUGUGAGUUUUAAUAGUGUUUCAAUACAAACCGGGAGCAGAUCUCUGUCUGAUGUAAGCGGAGACGAACAUUAGAAGACUCUCAACAAUUAGUUUGUUCGUCCUUCCCCUUUAACAACCGUCCCUUACGAUGAGUGUGAUUGGUUGCCGUGCCCCAGUUUCAUGUAACAUAUCAGUUCAUCGUCGUUCUCCUGUCAGACAAAUCAAAACGAAGCAGAACCAAAGAGAUCAUCUUUCUUCUUCCAUGUCAAAAACCUGGUGCCUACAUUGCCCACAAUGCAACGCGAGCCUGUUCGGGUGUGUUGUUAGUAGUGUAGCGUUGAUGUCUUCUUAAACUCGGGGUCUUCAGCAGCCGACACUGACUCGAGUGACAUCACUCGAGGACAUCGAGCUCUCUCUCUCUCUCUGUGGAGACGCUAAACGAUUUGUUCAGACUGCAGACAAAUCAGAUUUGUUCCCUAAAUCAGAUCAGACCGUCCUCACCGGUACUUGGAAGCGAUCAGAUUGGAUUUGGGCCGUUCAGACAUCGACCAGUAACUGCACACGACAGUGGAAGCAGCUUUGCCUCGCCUCAAAGUGCCGGCGGACUUUUUAUCCCAGUGUCUGUCCACAGACUGUUUGUCUCAGCUCUGAUUGGACGUUGAGGCGGGCUGAAUGAAGCCACCUGUAACGAUUCUGCAGGGAAAUUAGCUACAGAGACCAAAACUGUUUUUUGUACCAGGCUGUAAACAUGGGGACUUAUGGAGACUGACUCACUUCUGGAGCCAGACUCAAGUGGACGUUAGAGGAACUGCAGAGGUUGCUGCUUGGUCCAGACUGAGAAACAUCAUUAAGCCCCAUCAAAAUCUAAAAUAAACCACAUUCAUCCAGAUUUGAGCUGCAGUCUGAACAAAGUCUUUGAAAUCAUAUGCAGUCGCUGCGACGACCUGGAAACUGAUGGUGCCAUUUGAAAUUUAUGCAAAACAAUCCCAACACCUCGUCAGCAGAGCGAACUUUUCAAAAAAUGGACUUGAAGUCCUAAAAGAAAUCUGUCAGUGAUUUCUUAAAGUUCCUGAAGUCCUGAGGCUGAAGGCUUCCUCUGCGGACUCGCGCUCCUCUUCAUUUCUGUUGCAUUGUGGGACGAUUGUGUCCUUGAACGAAUCAAAACUGAGCAAUUUUUGCACGCCGGCAUUUUAAAUUGACUUCUUUUUGUUAUUUUUCUAAUGUGAAAUAAUCAAGAAUUAAUAAUCAAAAAAUAUGAAGCUGGGGCACAGAGUUGGUGAGUAAUCGGUCACAGGGCAGGCUGCAUGAAUGCUUCAUUUAAUUAAUUCCUCCGAUGGAGCCGUCUUUCUAAUCGCGCGUCUGUGCAGAGGUUAAACAGGUUCGAACUUUAAACUGCAGCCGAGGCUGAAAUACUUUCAAAUAUUGAACAUUUCGUACAGAAAGGCCUCGCUCACAGGAAGAAGGCUGCCGGCACCAAAGGGCAGAAAUGUCACUUUUCCACGUAGUCUUCUUCUUCUGUGGUUCUUUAAAGGCACCAAAUGGAGAAUUAGCUCCACCAGCUGUUCAUCUCCGUCAUCCAGUCAACUCGUAUAACGGCGGUGGA